AUGGCACCGUUCAACCUCGCGGGGCUGCCUCUAGAGCUUCGCCAAGAUAUUUACGAACUUGUCGUAUUUGAUCUCAGUCCUCCUGAAAAGAUCACAACUCGAGGGGUUACGACCGCCUUCACCUACCGACACAUGCAUACGAACAUUCUCCUAGUCAGCAGGAAAAUAUUUUGGGAGGUUCGAAACAUGAUUGUGAGCCGCGGUCGGCUGGUCAUGGUCUCUGCAACUCAUCUCCCCACACAUCUACCCAACGAAUCAUUCCAAGGGGUCCCUGUUCAUGUGGAAAUGCUGACAGACUACCCGCGGAUCCGGGUGAUCCAUCCCAAGUACCGCAACCUCUGCAUCAUGAACCAUCACAUUAAUGCCGCCCGAUCAGCCGUCAUGCCCGAGCCGAACGAAGACACGGCCCAGUGGGACUUCAUUCUUCAUCAACAUGAAAUCGAGGUCUUUUGCCAUACUCUGAUGGGGAAGUUCAGCGCCCGCGCUGAAUGCGUGUUGGGACCGAGGUCCAAGCACAACCUCGUUCUCCACUGCCUUUCAAGCUAUGCACAACAUGAAAGCCUGGCCGUCAGUGAGAUGCAGACACGACUGCUACAACAGUACCGGGGAAUCUUGCGCGGAUUUGAAGAUGUUUCGAUUCGUGGCACCAGCACUGGUUGGGAGAGUGGUCUAUACUCGGCCACUCUAAGGGACAUUCGGUCCGCCGAUUCUCGCAGGGAACGCCCGUUGGCUGAAUUCUUGGGGGUUGACCUGGCCCGUCUUUUAGAAUACUUCAAAAAGAAGUGGACAAUCUUAUAA